ACUCUGAACGAUACACAAGCCCCAAAGCAGCAAGUUGCAGUCAUGAAGGUGUUUGUAUUGCUAAUUGCUGUUGUACUCUCUGGAUGCAACGCCAACCUCUUCUAUGCCGAUGCUCCAAAGCCAAAGCUAGAAGUGUUAACUGAUGCUUUCUGGGACUACAUUGCCAAGGCCACACGGACAGCUGAUGAUACUUUAGAGAUGAUCAGGAAAUCACCCAUUGGACAGGAAAUUAAUUCCCGCUUGACAGAGAGUGCUGACAGAGCCAACGAGUAUGCUGUGACCCUGCAAAAGCAGCUUUCCCCUGCAGCUCAGGACCUGAUGAACAAGAUUACAGAUGAGGCUGAUAUGCUGAAAAGUGUUCUGACCCAGGAGCUUAGCUCAGUUAGAGAAAAACUAGAGCCAUACACUGAGAAAAUGAAGGCCCAGAUCCAGCAGAGGGUUGAGCAGCUCAAGCAGGAGUUGGCCCCUUAUGCAGACUCCUUGGACUCAGAGGCGCUAAGGUCAACUCUGAAACAAAAGAGUGAAGAGCUGAAGACCAGCCUGGAGCAGAGUGUGAAGGACCUACAAGCUCAGCUGGGGCCCUACACAGAUGACCUGAAGGGGAAGGUUGACCGACACCUGGAAGACUUCCAGAAAAGCAUAGCUCCCAUGACUGAGAAGGUCCAGGUAGAGCUGAGCCAGAGAGCCAGUCUGGUGAAGCAAAUCGUGGCUCCCUAUGCUGAAGACCUAAGGGAGAAACUGGACCCCUAUGCCCAAGACCUCCGGUCCCAGCUCAUUUCUCUCUACCAGUCAUUUGUCAAAGCCAACUGAGUCACCUAAAGCCUCUGCCGACAUAACCAAACAAAAUCUUGAAAAGUGGGUUCCACCACCAUAUAGAGGAAGACCAUAAAACAUCAGUUCUGUACUGUGAAUGAAAUCUGCCUAAAUAUCCAUAAGUUAUUUUUAUUGCUGAGUUACAACAAGCAAAACCCGGCACUUCUCCAAAUGUGUAUAUAUGUACUGUUUAUACUGCGUGUUGUGAAAGGAAACUGUAAGCAUUUUUGUAAU